AUGUUUACCAAGGCGCUCCGAAAGUCGAACGCAAAGUGGGUGGACGUGAGUAUGCAGGCUGAUAUCGACGAACCCCUGCCUCGCCUUGCCUACAUGGCGUCACCCAGUCCCUCUUCCGUUCCUCCGGUCAUAAUAUUCUCUCGCAGUGUGUCUCGAGUUCUGUGCUCAUCAAACUGGACACACAGGCGUGUUCUCAGCCCCUCUCCCACUCUCCCACUCUUCACUUGCACUCCCCUCUAA